AUGACGCUAGACAAGCAGCUGGUGUGGGUCCGCGAGCCCACGGAGGGUUUCGUGCUGGCGCGGCUGCACGAGCUCCUCGGCGAGGAGGCGGAUGUUGUGCCGCUCGACAACAAGCACUCGCGACGCGUCGUCAGUUUCGACGACAUCGUCCCCGCUGGUGAUCCAGAUAAGGACUUUGAUGAUAAUUGUGAACUGAUGUUUUUGAACGAGGCAACGCUUCUAAACAACAUAAUAUGCCGCUACAAGAAGAAAAAGAUUUACACGUACGUCGCUAACAUCCUACUGGCCGUGAACCCCUACGAAGAUAUUCCGGAUCUGUAUUCGUCCAGCACCAUCAAGAAGUACCAGGGCCGUUCGUUGGGAGAGCUGCCGCCUCACGUGUUCGCUAUAGCGGAUAAGGCGUUUCGCGACAUGAAGUCGUUUAAGCAGUCGCAGUCGAUCAUAGUGUCGGGCGAGUCCGGGGCGGGCAAGACCGAGUCCACGAAAUACAUACUCAAAUAUCUGUGCGACUUGUGGGCGAAGGGUGCCGGCCCCGUCGAACAGAAGAUUUUGGACGCCAACCCCAUUCUAGAAGCGUUUGGCAAUGCGAAAACUACGCGGAAUAACAAUAGCUCGCGUUUCGGCAAGUUCAUCGAGGUGCACUUCAAUAACAAGUACCAAGUGGUAGGCGGGCACAUCUCACACUAUCUGCUAGAAAAGUCUAGAAUCUGUAUGCAGAGCGCAGAGGAGAGGAACUACCACGUGUUCUACCUUCUGUGCGCAGGCGCGCCGGCGGAGUUACGUAGUGAUUUGAACAUCACCAAGCCCGACGAUUAUCAGUAUCUUAAAAACGGAUGCACGCAGUACUUCUUGACGCCAGAGUCUGAGAAGAAGAUCAGCAACAGCCAGAAAAGUGAACAGCAACGGACCAAAGGUGGACUCCGCGACCCUAUACUGGACGACGUCGAAGACUUCCAGAGGUUGCAUCAGGCACUGGCGCGUGUGGGGCUAUCGGAUGCGGAGCGGCGUUCGGUGUACGGCGUGGUGGCGGGCGUGCUGCACCUGGGCAACGUGCAGUUCGAGGAGGAGGGUGGCGCGCGCGGCGGCUGCAGCGUGAGCGCGGGCUCGCAGCAUGCGCUGAACACCGCCGCACGCCUGCUGGGCGCCGACGCGCCCGCGCUGCGCACCGCGCUCGUAUCGCGCCUCAUGCAGAGCGCUCGCGCCGGACACAAGGGCACCGCCAUCAUAGCGCACGCGCCGGACACACGGGCACCGCCAUCAUUUAUGUUCUGCACGCUACCACACGGGCACCGCGCGCCCGCGCUGCGCACCGCGCUCGUAUUGCGCCUCAUGCAGAGCGCGCGCGCCGGAUACAAGGGCACCGCCAUCAUGUACGUACUGCACAUUACACACGGGCACCGCGCGCCCGCGAUGCACCGCACGUGUCAUGCCUUAUGCAGAGCGCACGCGCUGGACACACGGGCACCGCCAUCAUGUACGUUCUGCACGCUACACACGGGCACCGCGCGCCCGCGCUGCGCACCGCGCUCGUAUCGUGCACCUCAUGCAGAGCGCGCGCGCCGGAUACAAGGGCACCGCCAUCAUGUACGUACUGCACAUUACACAUGGGCACCGCGCGCCCGCGAUACUCAACGCACGUGUCAUGCCUCAUGCAGAGCGCACGCGCUGGACACACGGGCAUCGCCAUCAUGUACGUUCUGCACGCUACACACGGGCACCGCGCGCCCGCGCUGCGCACCGCGCUCGUAUUGCACCUCAUGCCGAGCGCGCGCGCCGGAUACAAGGGCACCGCCAUCAUGUACGUACUGCACAUUACACACGGGCACCGCGCGCCCGCGAUACUCAACGCACGUGUCAUGCCUCAUGCAGAGCGCACGCGCCGGACACACGGGCACCGCCAUCAUGUACGUUCUGCACGCUACACACGGGCACCGCGCGCCCGCGCUGCGCACCGCGCUCGUGUCGCACCUCAUGCAGAGCGCGCGCGCCGGAUACAAGGGCACCGCCAUCAUGUACGUACUGCACAUUACACACGGGCACCGCGCGCCCGCGAUACUCAACGCACGUGUCAUGCCUCAUGCAGAGCGCACGCGCUGGACACACGGGCACCGCCAUCAUGUACGUUCUGCACGCUACACACGGGCACCGCGCGCCCGCGCUGCUCACCGCGCUCGUAUUGCACCUCAUGCAGAGCGCGCGCGCCGGAUACAAGGGCACCGCCAUCAUGUACGUACUGCACAUUACACACGGGCACCGCGCGCCCGCGAUACUCAACGCACGUGUCAUGCCUCAUGCAGAGCGCACGCGCCGGACACACGGGCACCGCCAUCAUGUACGUUCUGCACGCUACACACGGGCACCGCGCGCCCGCGCUGUGCACCGCGCUCGUGUCGCACCUCAUGCAGAGCGCGCGCGCCGGAUACAAGGGCACCGCCAUCAUGUACGUACUGCACCGUACACACGGGCACCGCGCGCCCGCGAUACUCAACGCACGUGUCAUUCCUCAUGCAGAGCGCACGCGCUGGACACGCGGGCACCGCUAUCAUGUACGUUCUGCACGCUAUACACGGGCACCGCGCGCCUGCGCUGCGCACCGCGCUCGUGGCGCGCCUCAUGCAGAGCGCGCGCGCCGGACACAAGGGCACCGCCAUCAUGUACGUACUGCACAUUAUACACGGGCACCGCGCGCCCGCAAUACUCACCGCACGUGUCAUGACUCAUGCAGAGCGCACGCGCUGGACACACGGGCACCGCUAUCAUGUACGUUCUGCACGCUAUACACGGGCACCGCGCGCCUGCGAUGCGCACCGCGCUCGUGUCGCGCCUCAUGCAGUGCGCGCCCGCCGGACACACGGGCACCGCCAUCAUGUACGUUCUGCACGCUACACACGGGCACCGCGCGCCCGCGAUACUCACCGCACGUGUCAUGCCUCAUGCAGAGCGCACGCGCCGGACACACGGGCACCGCCAUCAUGUACGUUCUGCACGCUACACACGGGCACCGCGCGCCCGCGAUACUCACCGCACGUGUCAUGCCUCAUGCAGAGCGCACGCGCCGGACACAAGGGCACCGCCAUCAUGUACGUUCUGCACGCUACACACGGGCACCGCGCGCCCGCGAUACUCACCGCACGUGUCAUGACUCAUGCAGAGCGCACGCGCCGGACACAAGGGCACCGCCAUCAUGUACGUUCUGCACGCUACACACGGGCACCGCGCGCCGGCGAUACUCACCGCACGUGUCAUGCCUCAUGCAGAGCGUACGCGCCGGACACAAGGGCACCGCCAUCAUGUACGUUCUGCACGCUACACACGGGCACCGCGCGCCCGCGAUACUCACCGCACGUAUCAUGCCUCAUGCAGAACGCACGCGCCGGACACAAGGGCACCGCCAUCAUGUACGUUCUGCACGCUACACAGGGGCACCGCGUGCCUUCGAUACUCACCGCACGUGUCAUGCCUCAUGCAGAGCGCACGCGCCGGACACACGGGCACCGCCAUCAUGUACGUUCUGCACGCUACACACGGGCACCGCGCGCCCGCGAUACUCACCGCACGUGUCAUGCCUCAUGCAGAGCGCACGCGCCGGACACAAGGGCACCGCCAUCAUGUACGUUCUGCACGCUACACACGGGCACCGCGCGCCCGCGAUAA